UGAGUGUGCGAAUUGAAAGAAAAUCGGCCAAGCUGAGGCCAAUUACAAGAAGCCUAUCAUGUGAUUUAUCUUUAAGUAUUUGUAUUUAAAAACAGGUCGGCUUGAAGACACUUAAAUUUACCUUAGAGACGAAGUCCUAAGAAGGCUAUUAAAGUAUUACUUGUGCAACUUGAAAGAAUUUUUAUAAAGGAAAUAUAUAUAUAAAGAAAAUGCAGACGAACGUUACAACUCGUCAAAAUGAAAUAAUUGCUGCUCGUCGAGUGCCUGACAAUAACAUCUUCAUUGGAGGCCAAUGCGUGCAGCCUCAAGGAGCUGAUCCAAAGACCAUUCCCUUGAUAAAUCCUGCUACAGAAGAGGUGAUUGGAACAUGCGCAGAUGCUUCUGCCGAAGAUGUUAACAAUGCUGUCGAAAACGCUCACGAAGCAUUCGAAUCCGGCAUCUGGUCCAAGCGUAGCGGAAAUGAACGUGGAGCCAUUCUUCGAAAGAUUGGUCAGCUUAUGCGCGAACACCGAGAGUUGCUUGCUGGUUUGGAUGUUUUGAACUGCGGUAAGCCCACCUCAUAUGCCCUAUUUGAUGUAGAUUCCUCCGCCGACUUACUAGAUUAUUAUGCCGAAAUUGCUGAGAAUGAUGAGGUAACUAGAAUUGUUCCCUUAACAAAUGCUCCUGGUUACGUCGGUAAAGAAAAGCGCUUUCCCAGAGGUGUCGUCGGUGUUAUUACUCCUUGGAACUUUCCAUUGAAAAUGGCCCUUUGGAAGUCAAUUCCUGCCCUGGCGUCUGGUAACUGUGUUGUUCUUAAGCCCUCGGAAGUCGCUCCCUGGUCCUGCCUCGAGUUUGCCCUAUUGUGCAAAGAAGGCGGCUUGCCCGACGGCGUUUUCAACGUGGUUAUUGGAUCCGGCAAAGAGACCGGUGUUGCUCUUAGCCACCAUGAUAAGAUUGCCUAUCUCGCCUUUACAGGUUCUUUGUUCACAGGCAAGAAAAUUAUGCAUGCAGCCUCCGACCACGUUAUUCCCGUUACUCUUGAGUUGGGUGGUAAAUCUCCUUUAAUCAUCUGUAAAGAUGCCGAUCUUUCUCUCGCUUGUAAAUCCGCUGCCUAUGGUAUUUUCUUCAAUCAAGGUGAAGCUUGCACUGCGGCCUCACGUCUAUUAAUUGAGGAAGAUGUGUAUGAGGAGGUCAUCAAAGGCGUCAUUGAAGAAGCAAAGAAAAUCGUCACUGGAAAUGGUUUAGAAAACAAUGUCAACAUGGGUCCUUUAGUAAGCAAACCCCAAUAUGAAAAGGUGGUUCAAUUGAUCCAAACAGGUUUUGACGAAGGUCUUAAGUGUGUGUUUGGUGGAUUACCUAAAACUGAUGGAAAAGGUUAUUUUGUCCCUCCUACAAUAUUCACCAAUGCUGAAACCGAACAUACUUUAUGGAAAGAGGAAGUGUUUGGCCCCGUUUUGAUCACCAAGACUUUCCGAACGAAAGAAGAAGCUCUUAAAUUAGCCAAUGCUACUGAGUAUGGUCUUGGAUCAGGCGUAUUCUCCAAGGAUCGUGCUACUCUUGAUUACUUUGCCGACAAUAUUGAGGCAGGAAUGUGUUCCCUGAACACUUAUCACUUUUCCAGUCAUGAACUUCCAUGGAUCGGUUGGAAGCAUUCCGGUUUGGGAAUAGGUUUGGCUACUCAUGGUUACUAUGAGUAUACGCGUUUGAAGCAAGUUUCCGAGUACGUCGGCACUGCUUAGGAUCGUAAAGGCCAUGAAGGGUAUCUGUUUAAAAAACUUCAUGGAUUUGUUAAAAUAAAAAAUGUCAAGGUUAAUGAAUGGAAUGAUAUUUCAUGAUUAUAUACA